UGUUGGAAUAAUUAAAAACCCCAACUUUGUUUUGGGUUUCGACCUCCAAAACCCUCGAAGACGCCAUGGCCCGAAUCCUCCUCCGAUCUCGACACUUCUUCCCCUAUCUCUCUUCCAUCGUCGCCGCUAACAAGAUCACCAGGCCUUUCUGCACCGUCGCCACGGUGUCUGCCAAACCUCCAUUGGAGCCCUUGCUCAACGACCAGACACCCCCGCCGCCUCCCUCCGCCUCCCCUCCCACCUCCACCUCCCCUGCCACAGCCACAGCCCCUGCCAGGCGAUCUUGGAGCCUCUUCAAGUUUGGUGCACUUGCCGCCCUUACCGGCGCCGUUGGUGCCGUCGGCUAUGCAACCUAUGCGCAUUCAAUAGAUGAAGUGGACCAAAAGAUGAGAGCUUUGCGGGCAUUAUCUUCAAAAAAUUCUAUGCUAGAUGAUGCUUCUAGUCUUCAAAAGUUCCAGGCUUUGGCUUACUCAUCAGCUUUGAAGGUUCCUACAAAGUGUAUUGAGAUAUACUUAGAUAUUAGGAGAGGAAUCGAUGACCGACUUAAGGGAUUCGUAGAACCGUCAUCAGAGAAGCUUCUUCCUGAUUUGCAUCCUCAAGAACAGCACGUCUUCACUCUAGUUUUAGAUCUCAAUGAGACUCUUGUAUAUUCUGACUGGAAGCGUGACAGAGGCUGGAGGACAUUCAAAAGGCCUGGAGUUGAUGCUUUCUUGGAGCAUCUUGCUAAAUUUUAUGAAAUAGUUGUCUAUUCUGAUCAGCUCAGUAUGUAUGUCGACCCUGUUAUUGAGAGGCUUGAUCAGAAGGGCUGUAUUCGAUAUAGGCUAUCAAGAGCUGCUACAAAAUAUCAAGAUGGAAAGCAUUUUCGGGACCUCUCCAAGCUGAACAGAGAUCCUGCACGAAUUCUUUAUGUGAGUGGACACGCACUAGAGUCAAGCCUUCAACAAGAGAACUGUGUACCUUGUAAACCAUGGAAACUUGAAAAUGAUGACACUGCUCUUUUGGAUCUUAUACCAUUUCUUGAAUAUGUGGCUCUCCACAGACCUGCUGACAUUAGAACUGUACUUGCAUCUUAUCAAGGGCAUGACAUCCCCAGCGAAUUUAUUGAACGAUCUAAGGAACACCAGAGGAGGAUGCAAGAGCAGAAGCAACAUGGCCGUUUCUGGCGUCGAUAAAGAUCAGCUUCUACAACCGCAUGCAUGCUUAUGUCUUCUCUCUGUUUUUUUUUUUUUUUAAGUAAUUUGAUAAUUUAUGUUUAAUACGAGUUGAACUUGUCAUCAACUAAAAUGAGGAUCGGUGCCUUUUGAAUAUCUUUUUGUGAGAGUUAUAACCGCUAUGCGUAGCAAAUGAACUGUAUCAACAAAUUUUUGUCAUUAAAAAAGAAAUUAGUUUGGUAUGAUUA